AAAAAAAAAAUGAACCAAUCAUCGUUAACUUGCAAAAAAAAAAAAAAAUUGCAAAACAAAAAAUUUAAAAUGAAAACCAAUCAACGUAUGAAUUUUGCACCAACUAUUAUGCAUAUACUUUUCGUGUAUGAAAAUUAUCUUCUGUGUUGAUGAUUGUCACGUUUGUGUGUGAUAUGUGAAAAGUUUUUUUAUUUUGAAAAAAUGAAAAAUAAAAAUGAAUCCAGAUAAAAAUCGUGAAUACCGCUAUAAAUGUCUGAAAAUUGUACAAAAAUAUAUUGAAUGUUUCGAUAAUGAUGGAAAUCAAAUCCAAUUCAUUGUAAAAGAAUUUCUUGAUGAUUGUCAUUAUUUAACGAAAUCAUAUUAUGAAGAUUUGACCAUAGAACGUGCUUCGAUUGAUUUUUGUGGCUACACAUUGUGCACAAAUCGUUUAUCGAAAACGUCGAAAAAUCAAUUCAAAUUGAAUCAAAUUUAUCAUAUUCAUCAAAAUAAAGUAUAUGAUAUAACGAGAAGAAAAAAUUUUUGUUCCAAUCAAUGUUUCAAACAAAGUGAACAUAUCAAAGAUCAAUUAUCUAGUGAACCAUAUUUUAUGAGAAAAAAUGAUGAUGAUCAAUUUCAUCAGAUAAAACUAUACGAUGGUCAUGAUUAUAAAUGUGGUGAUGAAUUCAAAUUGAUAACAUUGGAAAAUAAAUCUAAUGGCGAGCAAAAAUCCAAAUUACAAAACAGUGUGCUAAAAAAUGAAAAAACAAUCGAAUCCAAAUUAUCAGCACCAUAUUUAAAGGAAGAAGAAUUCAAUGAAUUGAAAGAAAAAUUUAGAAAUUUUAAUAUUCAAGAAAAAUUUGCCAAUCAAACGGAAAUAUCGACAAAAUUUUCAAAUAAAAAUCAAAACAAUGAAGAACAAGAACAAUUGUUAUUGGAUGAAAUCGAUCGAAUGUCAAUAUCAACAGCAUCUUCAAUCAGUGAUCUUUCGAUGAAAUCGACAAAUUCAAAACGUGGAAUGUUAAAGAAACGAAAAUUUUAUGAAAAUAUAGUGAAAAAAAUAUCUUCAUGGAUCACUGAUGAUACAAGAAAUCUUUUAAAAAUCAAUGCGGUAAAACAAAAUUCAAUACCACAGCUACCAGAAAUUGUGGACAAUGUGGAAGAUGAUGAAAAAAAAUUGCAAAGAUAUCGUUGGCAAUAUAUUCGCCUUUGUGCUCGAUUGAAUGAAGAAGAAAUUGAAGAUGAAAAAUAUGAUCGAAUGGUAUGUGAUAGUGGAAAAAAACGAUCGAAAACAAAUAAAAAAUCAGUAUUCAAACAAAUUGAUCAUGAUUUAUCACCGGAUAAACUUUGGAAUCUAUUCACAUGUCCAGCCAUUUUAUCGACUAUGACCAUCGGCAAUGAUACGAAAAAGGUUCAUUUUGCCAAUGAUGUCAAUGGUGAAAAGAUUGAAUCAGAAAAAAAUGACAAUGAUGAGGAAAUUUUUUUCCGUCCACUCAAUGAUAAUCAACAUGCAUGUGUGAAAAGAAAACAAAUAUUUCUUCAAGAAAUUCAUACAUUUCUACACGAAAUCCUUGAUAAUCAAAUUGAAAUUGAUGAAAUUUCCGAUCAUAUUCAUUCAUUGAUCAAUACAUUGAAUUUGAAUGCCGCUACAACAACGAUGGGAAGAAAGGAAAAUUUUUUAAUCACAAUUUUUCUAUUCCGAAUCAUACUUCGAUAUCGAAUGAUUGAUAAAUCCAAUGAAUUGGAAACCAUUUACAGGACAAACAUUUUCAUUGCCAAAAUUCUUGAUCGUUUCCAGUUGACAUAUGAAUCUAUUGAUAAAAGUAUUGAUGAAAUUUUCAAUUUACAUAAAUAAAAAAUAAAAAAAAACAAUUUAUUGACA